AUGCUAGCGCGGUCGCUUCGUCUCGCCGCGCUCCGGCCGUCGACUUCAUCUCGCUGCCAACCUCUUGUCCAAAAUGCUGCCUCCCCUUCUUUUAAACGUGCUGCCACACCCUCUGCAUCCUUCUCAACGUAUGGACCCGCCUCGCGUUCGCAAAGCAGCAGGAUGACUACCAUAGCUUCCACAGCCGCUGCCGUCUUGGGCACCGUCGCUCUCUACACCUCCCUAUCUCCCCGUCAUGCAUCGCCUCUCGAAUGUGAGGCCGCAAAGCCAACACCGGCAUCCGCCAUCAAGGGCGGCAACCAGUCGGAUCUGCCAGAGAUCUCGCACCUCGAUCCAAAGCUCUUGACCGACACAUCGGCACCCAUGCGCAAGAGGAUGGAGACCUACGUCAAGCUGCUCCAGUACAAUAUCGUCUCGGCCCUGUCGCAAGAAGAGCCCAAGGCCAGAUUCUUGAUCGACAGCUGGCUACGUAAGGAGGGCGGCGAGGGUAUCUCGUGUGUCCUCCAGGACGGCUCGACCUUCGAAAAGGCUGGCGUCAACAUCUCGGUCGUCCACGGCAUGCUCCCUCCUGCCGCUGUCAAGCAGAUGAGCGCAAACCACGCCGGCCUCAUGGACAAGACAGGAUACAAGCUGGAAGGCAAGGAUGCCGACGUCAAGGGUCUGCCCUUCUAUGCUGCAGGCCUCAGCUUGGUCGUGCAUCCCAAAAAUCCCUUCGCGCCCACCGUCCAUUUCAACUACCGUUACUUCGAGCUCACCCAUCCCGAGAAGCUUGCCGAUGGCUCACCCAACCCGCGCCAUCCGAAGAAUCGCAAGGACGGCGAGCACGACAACGAGCCGAUCGCUUGGUGGUUCGGCGGCGGCACCGACUUGACCCCCAUCUACCUGUUUGACGAGGAUGCCAAGCACUUCCACCAGACGCUCAAGUCGGCGGCAGACCAGCAUGAUGCCUCCUUCUACCCGACCUGGAAGCGAUGGUGCGACAAGUACUUUUGGAUUCCGCAUCGAGGCGAAGCACGCGGCGUCGGCGGCAUCUUUUUCGACGAUCUCACCCUCCCCGAGUGGGCGUCGAGCAAUUCGACCAAAGCCUACAUCGCGCUGUCCGACGGCACCAAGCCGACGCCCUCCAAGCCGCUUGUGCCCUCGGUGUCCUCGACCAAGCAGCACAACCAGGACUCGCUGUUUGCGACCGUGCGCUCGCUGGGCGAUGCCUUCCUCCCGGCCUACUUGCCCCUCGUUCAGAAGCGAAAGGCGACGCCCUUCACUGAGGCUCACGAGCGAUGGCAGCAGAUUCGAAGGGGUCGUUACGUCGAGUUCAACCUCGUCUACGAUCGUGGCACCAAGUUCGGGCUGCAGACGCCCGGCGCCCGUAUCGAGAGCAUCCUCAUGAGUCUGCCGCUCAAGGCACGAUGGGAGUACAUGGAGAAGUACAGCGGCGGAGGCGCACAGGGUCGCGACGGCAAGGCAACCACUUCCGCCGACGAGCUUGAUGCUGGUGAUGAAGAAUCUGGAGCGGCCGAGAAGAAAACCCAGGCGGCGCUUCGACAGCCCAAGGACUGGGCCUAG